CAGUUACUUACUCAGGCCCAUUAAUAUAUGAACAUCACAACGUUUAAGGCCCGCGCCUGCAUCCCUCUUCCUUUCCCUCCCCCUCGCCGUCGCUUCCCGCAUCCCUGAAUUUUCUCCGAUCAAGACCUCCAAUGGCGUCUCCGAUAGAUGGACAAGGGCCUACUUUUUGACACUUUCCCUCUGCAAGCUAGAGUUGAAUUUUCAAAAUUUUGAUCAUGCUCGCUGUGAAACAACAUGGCGCUUUUCAUUUCUCCAAAACCUACUAAGAGGGUGUUUGGCUAAGUUUUUUUCAAACUUAUUAUCAGUUCCAUAUUUGAAAAUUGGCCAUACCCCAUACAUAAUAAAACCUUCGACUUCAACCACAGCGUUUAUACUUACGACUCCAUCGCGUCUGCUCCUCACGUCGACUCCUCCCCUGCUCGCCGCCGUAUUCCAUCGCCUCACCUGUGAAGCCAGCGGCCGGAGACCUUUGCACCCCACAGCUACACCGUCGCACCCCACCGUACAUGAUAUUGCUAACAUAUGUCUAUGAAUAGCUGAGGACAUGGAUGCUCAGUCUGAAACCAUUGAAGCACGAUUGCAAUCUUUCCUUAGUCAAUUCCAGUCAGAAUUAGGUGUUCUUGAUAGAAUCAUCCACAAAAAUAAAAACCAGCAUCGCAGAAGCUCAUAUUUCCAAUACCUGUUGAAGGUGAGAAGAGAUUGCAAGCUUCUUCAAUCAACUAACUUGGAGGAAAUUGUUAACUCUUCGUUUCUUGUCAUCAAUGGGAAUCGACCUAAGCAAAAAGUUCAGCUCUUGGAAAGUUUAAAGAGAAGAAAAUGUGAUGGUGUUAAACAUAAUUUUCUGGUUCGACUUCAGGGUGCUGCACGUUUACUUUCACAGAUGGUUGAGCCAAUGGUGAAGGCAGCUAUAGAGAUAUCUACUUUGCUUGCUCGAUCCUUUUUUAUGGGAUUCUCCAUGACUGUGUUGGCUAUACUUGCACGUCUUCGAGUUUUAACUCAGCAAAUAUUACUCGAUGUUGUUUUAGUCUUCAACAUGGUUUCUUCUGUUUCACAAAAGCAGCAGUCCGUGAAACUUAACCAAGAAGGAAUUGAGGUCUUUAGGGAAUAUUACCCGAAAAAUGAGCAAGAAGUUGUGUUUUUGGAAUGUGUAUGGGAAACAGAUAAAUUUGUUUUAGUUGAGAGGAAGAGUGAAUUGGAUAACAAAAAUCCAGAGGCAACAAAUGUUGAUGUCAUAUGUGAAGAAGGUUUAUCAACAGUGGAAUAUCAAAGCAUUGAAACUAUUCUUGGAGCCCAAAAACCGGUGGAUAUAACAGAAGACAAUCCUUCUGAAGAAGACCCUGCCACCAUUAAAGCGGACAAUCUUUCUUCAGUAGAGAAUCUUCUUACUCACGAUUGCAUACAAGAUAACGAUCAAAAUGCUGAAAAAGAUCAUUCAGAGCCUUCAAGCAACAACAAAGAACAAGAACAAAUUACAAGUUUGAAAUUGUUGGAUAAUAAUUUAGAUUCUUUUAAACCUAAACCCGAAUUAAAGAAGAAAGUGGCUUUUGUAUCAGUGAAAAGACCUGAACCUCUUAAAACUAAUGACACCAUGGGAGUUCUGAUUAAGCCAAAUGAUGGGGUUAAUGCCAAUGGUUUUGGGGCGCUGCCGUUUGGAACCCCAUCCGCUGACCGGUUAGCGGAACCACCGCCAGGGGCUGACUCGGUAUUCCCGAGUUCACAAUUAUCACACCGAGUGUGCACCUUUAAACUCGGUUUGGGUUUGGGAGAGUUUGUGAAACUUGUAAAUGAGUUUUCAGGAGUAGGGGAAUUUGUUGCCGGUGUUGGUAUGCUUCAAACCUAUCACCAUCUCCGCCACACCUUAAUGGUGUCGAUGUCGGUGCCGGUGCCACUGGUGCUUCAGAUGACAGUCCAACUCCCCAUCUGCCUCAUGUUUCAAGUUUAA